AUGCCUAAUUACUCGGAAUACGAACUCGUUUUGUACGUUCAAAACGACCGCAAUAUUCAACAGUCAAGCGAUGAGAAGAUUGAAGUGAAGUGUUGGCCGCGAAAUGUGCUCUUGCGAGGGGUUAUGGGAAGUGAAGGGAACCGAACGCAUAACUCGACCACAAAGUUGAGUGCAAAGAGUCUGUAUGGCGUGUAUGGCAUGGAUGGGGCCACACAUAUACAGGUGCAUCAAAUGCGAAGCCAUCACUUGACCCUCUCUCACGUCACGGAUUCACUCGAAUGCCGUUUGGAUGUCAUGAGGGGUAGAAUCCCUUUCCUGAAGCCGAUCGAGGGCUUCGUCGACUUGGGACAGGACGUCACACUUCUCAUCAGAAUCAAGGAAAUCGAUGGUAUCGAUUCAAUGGUCUCCAGAUGUUAUGCUCACGAGGGCUCGCAUGCGGUCAUACAAGAACUCACUAAUACUGACGGAGGCAUAGGCUUUAGUCCAUCUCUUCACCGAAUAAAGAGAGAGUCUUCGCAUCGAAAGCAACGAAAUGCCAAAAGAGCUAUAAUUAUGGAGAGAGAGCUGACGGCAAACAACAACAAUGAACACAACGAUUGGGAUUCACUUCUGUCACUAAUCAGUCUCACAAACGCACUGCCCGUCAGACACGACCGCCACUCCAUCCACAAUGAAAGUCACAAAACCAUCAAAACUAUCAAACCCAAACAUCAGAUAUAUAUGAAGCAAUUGGAUGAACAAUGUCUUACUCCACUACUACUGAUCGCAUUGUCUGCGCUGACGGUAAUCGGCCUCUUGUGCGCCCUAACCAUCACUUGCUAUCACUGCUAUCGUAACACCAUUUCCAACUCCAAUCCUCACAAACUCCUUCAAUCACACAAUUAUGCCUAUGAUAUGAACAGCAAACACAAUCAAUGCCUUCAACCCAUACCUUUGGCACCUCUGCCUCAUCUCUCUAUCUAA